CUACAAGUACAAAACAUUUGCAAUAAUACCCAAAUAGGUGUGUAGUUCAUCACAUUUUGCAAAUUAAAGAAGUGAAGAGUUUGGGUGUAAUUUCCCCUAAAGAGGAAAGGCCUAAAAGGUACGCGCCCCCGCGCGUACAGAAAAGCUAGUUAACCUGAAAAAGGAGGAACGGUGACGUCUCUCUGCUCCGCUCUCGACGUGAUACUGCGCGACUGCUGUCCUGCCUUUUGACAGCCCCAUCCCCCUUCUGUUUUCAAAACCCGACGAAAAAUAAAAAAUAAAAACCCUACCACUAUUCACCGCCUCUCUCUCUCUCUCUCUUCUGUCUCUCUCUUAAGUUUUCACCAUUCCAAAAAUCCCUCUGCCUAUUCACUAGCAGUUCCCAACUCUCUGAGGCAAAACAUCAAACACCAUGAAGAUAAAGAACAAGGGCAAAGUCUACCCAUCUCCCUCCUCCUCCGUCCCCGUCGGCUCCUCCUCCUCCGACGGGUAUGUUCUCUCCGUUCUUCAACUCCUCCCAGCGGCCAUUCUAGCUCUAGCCUCCGUCCUCUCUCUCGAGGACCGCGAGGUCCUGGCUUACUUGAUUACCCGCUCCAUGAAAAACACCCCCAACACUACUUCGUCUUCAAUCCCGGCCGCCCAAGACCCCCAGAAAAAGACUUCCAAGAAAGGUCCUAAGAAGUCCGCCAGCACCGCCGCCGCCCAUCAGCCUCCAAUGUUCGAUUGCGACUGCUUUGACUGCUACAGAAGCUACUGGUUCAAGUGGGACUCUUCCCCCAACCGCGAGCUCAUCCACCAAGCCAUUGAAGCCUUCGAGGACCACUUGGCUAACGGCGAGCGGCCCAAGAGGAACGCCGGCAGAGGCAAGAGAAGAGACAAGCAGGGCCGUCGGGACGCCCGCAUUCCGGCCGAUGUUUCUGCCCAAAAUGAAAUCUUUCUGGAAAAGAACGCCGUUCCAGCUUCGCCGGACUUUGUUCCAAACUCUGGUGCCGCCGUGGUGCCGGAAAAUGAGGUUCUUUUCGUGGGUUCGCCUGAGAAGGCUGGUGGGGUCGAAGUAAAUGAGGGGAAAGCGGAAGACUUGGGCGUGGAUGUUACGGUAGCGCCGCCGGAUACGGCGGAUGACAUGGCUGUGAUUCCGAGGGCUGCGGCGGCGAGCAACCACAGGGGUUUGGCAAGGAAAGUGCUGCCGGACGUGUUGGGCCUCUUUAACUCUCGUUUGUGGAACCUUUGGAGUCCGAAUGUCUAAAAAAAAUGAAAAAAGUAAUGAAUUUCUGUCAUAUUUCGAGCCUCAAAAAAGAAAAAAAAGGAACGUACUAUAUGUUUUUAUGGGUAGGUUUAUUUUGUGCUCGAAUAUAGGUAUGUUCCCCCCCCCAAAAACUCUCUCUCAAUGAAAAUGUUUAUUUAUUAA